ACUGACCUUGAGCCUCUCUCAUUCUACCCGGCUCCGUCAUUCUUUAGAAAUUCCAGCCCAUUUACAUCUACGUUCAUUCUUCCCUGGAGCGGGCUCCUAUCCGCGUUGGCUGCAUUUGGGAACGUUUUGUUCUCCGUACACUCAUUUGUCUAGCCUUACGGUUCUUAGUCACAUCACUACAACCCAUUCAGCUGUGGUGGUACAGCGUUAUCGCCUAGACACAUUCUUUUUGACCGCCAGUAGCUUCUUUCGUUACAGCCAUAUAUACGCCGAGACCAGUCUGUAUAGAGGACGAGGAUCUAAAGAUGGAAUUCAAUGCACUUCAACAAUAUCGGCCAUCGUCGAGCAAAUCGAAUGCCUUAGAUCAAUCUUCACCUACUUCGGCAGCACAGAUAUAUACAUACAGCAACUAUCCCUUCCGAAGGCAACAACCACCGCCAGUAUUGCAACAGAUGUCGGCAUCCUCGCCACCUCGAUCCGCGUGGGCUUUACCACAAUCCCACAAUUCAUACUAUGCUGGACCUCAAGGCCCUAUGGUGAUAACCAGAAAUGAUCAUACACAAUUUCUUCCACGAUCAAACAUCAGCACUACUCAAGUGUCUGCGUUCAGCAGCGCAGCUUUUGGCAAUGGCAUGGCAACAUCAGCGGACUACUUUCCCAAGGUCAUCGAGACAAGUUCUUGGGGCGCGAAGGUGUGCGAAGAGCUUGAGUCAUUCCCCUCUUUAGACGCAGAUACGACAGACUUCAGCCACGGGCUGAUGGGUCAAGAUGAAAACACACCCAUCAUUGAUUUACGACAGUUCCAGGGUAUGGGGCAGCAAGAGACCGACAACCUGGCACAAUUCAAUCGGCAAGGAACUCGUCGUAUGUCCGAGUCAUCCUUCUCAAUGUCCAGUACAGGCGGAGGAAUGUUCCCUGAUGUGUCAUCCUGUGAAGAGAUGGGAUCAUCUGAGGCAGUUUCGUACGCGUCUGAAUGCGAUGUGUGGAAUACGGUAGAACCUACUGGUGGUCAUCUGAUGUCUCCGCUUGCUUCACCAAGGAAGUCACAGUACGACACUGUCGCUCGUACUGGGAGUCGAGCUCGUAUGUCCCCAGCGCCGCACAGCAACGUUCGGUCCUCGCCAUAUACACUUGAAAGCACACGAUUCAAACGAUGGUCCACCGGACAAGCGCCGACUUCGACGCCUGCCAACUCACACGCAGUAGCUCAUAUUCCUGACCAAUUUGCUCCCUAUGGUCCGCGCCCAAACCCGCACCACUCGAUGCCAGCAUAUCCGCCCAGUGCGAUGGCAAAUUUUGGUUUACCUGCGCAGAAUGUGUUGUUCUCGCAGAACCAUCAGCUUCAGUCCAACGGCCCCUCUCUUUUUGCGACCCGCGACCAACCAUUCCACCUCGAGGUGCCUCGACCUCUUCCUUCGCAAGGUCUCUUUCGUCUGCUUCAAAGUAACGUAGACAGACAUGGAGGCUGUUCCUCACACUUCGCAGAUCUUUCGGAUCCACCCGAUCUGUAUUCUUCUCUUCAUGAAGAGCCAUCUAACCCGCCUGAAUCAGACAUGAACCCAUCAGACCCGGAUCUUGUGCCACACGAGCAGGACCUUCGCUUCAACGGUGAUUUAUACACUCCAAGAUGGGUACGUGGGCACGGCAACAAGCGCGAAGGCUGGUGCGGUCUCUGCAAACCUGGACGUUGGCUUGUCCUGAAGAACAGUGCAUUCUGGUAUGACAAGUCUUUUACGCACGGCGUCAGCGCAGCGACCGGCGCAGCAUUCCAAGGUCCUCAAGACACCCGUCGCACGGAAGGGAACCUCGAUGUGUGGGAAGGCCUUUGUGGAAGUUGUGGCGAGUGGAUCGCUUUGGUCAGCAGUAAAAAGAAAGGGACGACAUGGUUCAGGCAUGCUUACAAGUGUCACACCCACCCAAAAGUCAAAGACGGACCCAAGCGGCGUCGUGAAACGCAGGCAGGUCGUGCUCGUGCUGUAUCCUCGGCAUCGGCAUCGUCGUCGUCGCAUCCGGUCAAGCAGGAGUCGACGCCUGCCAGCACAGCUUCACACCGUCAUUCGACACCAACACCGAUAUCGGGCAGUUCUGCGCUGCACACGUUCGGCAUGCCGAUCUCAAACCCUACUGCGACACCAUCACUGAGUACAACAUCAUACGGGAGCAGUACGUCUUAUCCGACUCCAGCAGCAGCGACAUCCUCAAUGUACCCACCGCAAACCCCAACCACAACGACUUCAUUACAUGCGCUACACACGCCAACAGCGGCAGCCUUCCCUGAAUUCCGCCACGACUCAGCGACGACUAAAGAUGAAAGCGUCAUGGACAUGUUCCCCACUCCUCUGCAAGGCUUUCCCAACUUCUCCACGCCAUACUCAGCAGCAUCAACCAUGAGCCUUGCACACCAAGUCAGUGAACCAGAUUUUGUGGGCAUCAGGGCGACGGCUGCGAGUCUCAACUCCAUAGCAAGCAUGAUUUGAGGCACCCUCGACCUCGCUUGUCGUACCGAGCUGCCUAAGCCUGACCAAUAAGACCUAACUAAGACCUCUGGUUGCAUCAUGCAAAUCCAUCCUUGGUCCUGCUUGAGGUUUUCAUGUGGUAUUGUAGCAUUCUCUCAUCAUCUCAGGAGUUCAACUAGAGUCAGGAAUCAGGUGCACCGCACUGUACUGCAUCCCAUUCCAGGCGGCCUUUCAUCCCACCACAAUGCUUUGUUGCAUUGAAUACUGUAGCGUUCCAGCGUUCUUUCACGUCUCUCUCCAUUUUCGUUGCAUACUUCACGUUCGGCAUGGGCUUACGAUUGAUGACACACCACCAAGGCUGUUCGACUUUAUUGCCAAGACCGGACCACUUUACGUAGAUUCCCUGUCAAGAUAGAUAUCCCCG